AUGGCUCAAGAAGCAUCAACCAACCAUCCAUUGGGGACGCAACAGUUCGAAGACAUAUACGAUCAAGACCCAGAAGAGCUGGUCAUCAGGCUGUUGAGGGCGUCACCCAAGAAGCAGAUGACGAUCGAGCAACACCUCUUUUGGGCAAGAGCAUCGGUAAACGAGGCUCUCGUUAGUGCUAUACCGGUGGAGUUUCAGGAAUAUGCCGACGUGUUCUCCAAGGAAGGAGCCGCUCGACUACCUGAUCACUCUGAAUGGGAUCAUACCAUUCCUCUUAUGGAAGGAAAGCAGCCGCCGUGGGGACCGAUCUAUUCGCUCUCCCCACCUGAAGAUAAGGCACUCCGGGAAUAUUUGGACGAGAACUUGCCCUCCGGCAAAGUAGUCCCCUCCACUAGCCCAGCAGCGGCACCCGUCCUGUUCGUUCCGAAAGCUAAUGGUAAGCUUCGGUUAUGUGUCAAUUUUCGUGGUUUGAAUGGAAUCACAAUCAAGAACCGUUAUCCACUGCCACUCAUGAAUGAGCUGGCCGACGCAACGAAAGGAGCACUCUACUUCACGAAGAUAGACCUGAAAAAUGGCUAUAAUCUGAUUAGGAUUGCUAAGGGCGAAGAAUGGAAAACCGCUUUCCGAGCGAAAUACGGCCUUUUCGAAUAUAGGGUAAUGCCUUUUGGCUUGACCAAUGCUCCUGCGUCGUUUCAGGUCAUGGUCAAUACCAUAUUCAAGGAUCUUCUAGAUCAAGGCGUAGUAGUCUACCUGGAUGACAUCUUAAUGUAUUCAAAGACUAGAGAAGAGCAUACGACUCUUGUACGAGAAGUUUUGGAGCGACUGCGACGACACCAUCUAUACGGAAACCUCGAGAAAACGGAAUGGUAUCAACAGGAUGUAGAAUUCCUGGGAUUUAUACUAUCAGGAAAAGGGAACCGAGUAUCACCAAAGAAGGUGCAGGCGAUCGAAGGUUGGUUAGCCCCAACCAAGGUCAAGGAACUUCAAUGCUUCCUUGGUUUCGCCAAUUUCCUAAGAUGGUUCAUCCACCGAUACUCUGAGGUUUGCAGACCUAUGACCGAUCUCCUGAAGAAAGGUUCCGUAUGGAAAUGGGGCAGGGAACAGGAAGAUGCGUUCGACGAGCUCAAGAGGAGAUUUACGUCUGCUCCAAUACUCCGACACUAUGACGAACACCGCGAAGCAAUCGUGGAGACUGAUGCGAGUGACUGGGCCGAGGCCGCAGUACUCUCUCAGGUGUUCGAGGACGCGUAG